CAUGUUUUCUAUUUUCCCCUUCCCAAAAUCUGUUUGGCAGCCUAGAAAAUUACUCAAGUAUUUUUCUUUUUCUCUUUCUUUUUCCUCUGGAGAAUUUAAGAUCAAUGGAAGUUCCUGUUCUAAACAGGAUUACUGAAUUAGGAGCACAUCUGGGCUCGCUUCCCAAUCCCAAUUUUCUCUCUAGAAUUUUCACUUCCUUCUUCCCAUCCCAACAUUUUUGGAAAUGGGGUGCUCUGAUUAUUGCUUUGUUGGCCACAUUUACCGGAAUAAUAAAUCGUGUUAAGGUUUUUAUCAUCAUCUGUCGUCGGAGAACUAAAACUACUUCGAUUUCCGAACCUCUCUAUCGAUCUCUCCACUGCAGAGACAGCGGUGGUUUAGUUUCAAAGAAUCUCAAAUCUCCCCCGCUUUCAAGUUCUGAAUCGGAGGAUGAGAAUGAGAGGGGUUGGGAACGCAACAAUGACUCCAAUUUUCGGGUUAAAGUCUCAAGUCGGUUUUCUUGUGAACUUGACGGUGGCUGUCAUUCUCGCCUUCGGCGACGGCACUGCAAUGGAGGAAGCAACGGAGAUUUGUUUCCGUGGCCAUGUUUUGGGUUGGACAGAAGCGUAGUGAGGCAAUGGGGUGAUGUGAUAUCGAACUCCGAGUUUGAGGAGCUGAGUGGGAGUAUGAUUUCGUUGUACGAUGAUAAUGAAGAAGCGGAGAUUUGUUCAAUUUUCAACGAAGGAGGUUCGCUGAAAGCGGUGGCAGUAUCGCCGAGGAGAAUGGUGGUGGCUGCCAGUGAGGGUGUUUCGGCGAAUGUGUCACUGAAGCUCUGGGACACGCGUGGCAGGAGCCGGACGCCGGUGGUGGCGGUGGAGUGGGAUUCACCGUCCAGAAAUAUUGUCGAUGUUUAUUACGAGGAUGUAGAAAAUGUGUAUCUUAGAGAUAAUGGAGCGGCCGGAAUAAUGGUAGGCGAUGUUAGAAAAGCUAGUUCAGGGUCGGAGAAAUUGACGGCGGGCGAUGGUGGCGGCUUGUGGAACUUGGGGCACUAACGCCGUUUAUAGUUUAGUUAGAGAAAUUUGGUGGUAACGACCGUGAGAGGGACGGUGGCUCGAUUGAAACUUUUGUAGAUAUUGAAUUUGUUUUAAUUUCCCAGCAUUAGGAAAAUUUUAUUUUAGUUUUGCUUGACAGUGGACUCACGUGAUUGUUGUGAUUACGUGAAAUUGUGAAUAUAGUGAUAAAUGGUUUUUUUUU